AGAGAAGAGGGAAAGACGUCUUUUUUCUGCAGAGGUAUCUGAAAGAACAGGGAAAGUGGGCUGGUGUAGCUAUAUGGAAUUCGUUUGCUGGAAGAGGAGGAGUAUGACUGUAAUUAAAUGAAAAAAAAAAACAAAAAAAACUUGAGACUGAUUUGUUAGGAUCGAGCAGUCGGGAGGGUGUUACCGGUCGAUAUUAUAUCAAGUUUGAAAAGCAAAUACGGGAUCAGAAAUUUGGCGCCUUCAAGUUUUUAUAAUAUACUUUUGAACGAUUUCCUCCCCGCCUGGAGACUGGCUUCAUCUUAGAUUCCGGUAUUUCCCCCCCUUUCCUUCGGUUCAAGGGGAGCAGGAGAUUCGCUGUGGAUGUAACAGGACUUAAUGACGUUAUUUAAAUUAAAAUCAGAUAUGUCGUCUGGCAUGGCUUAAUGAAACUGCUUGGAUCCUGAAAGUUGUUUGACGCCCUUGGAUAAGACAUCUUUUUAUGAGACUAACUUUGCAUCUCCGUGCAUGCUGCGCGAACAAGAAUGAAUCGAUAAAAUCAACCCACAUGCUGGACUUCUGUAGCUGAGUGAAGUAACUUUCGGUUAAACACGGUGAUGUAUUCUCCAAUUUGUCUGACACAGGACGAGUUCCACCCGUUCAUCGAGGCCCUUCUCCCGCACGUGCGCGCCAUCGCCUACACCUGGUUCAACCUGCAGGCGCGCAAACGCAAGUACUUCAAGAAGCACGAGAAGCGGAUGUCCAAGGACGAGGAGCGCGCGGUGAAGGACGAGCUGCUGGGGGAGAAGCCCGAGAUCAAGCAGAAGUGGGCCUCGCGUCUCCUGGCCAAGCUCCGCAAGGACAUCCGCCAGGAGUACCGCGAGGACUUUGUCCUCUCCGUCACGGGCAAGAAGCACCCCUGCUGUGUGCUCUCCAACCCCGACCAGAAGGGCAAGAUCCGGCGCAUCGACUGCCUGCGGCAGGCCGACAAGGUGUGGAGGCUGGACCUGGUGAUGGUCAUCCUGUUUAAGGGCAUCCCUUUGGAAAGUACCGACGGCGAGCGGCUCGUCAAGUCGCCGCACUGCACCAACCCGGCACUUUGCGUCCAGCCGCACCACAUAACCGUUUCGGUUAAGGAGCUGGACUUGUUUCUCGCCUACUACGUCCAGGACCAAGAGUCCCAGCAGUCAGGAAGUCCCAGUAACAAUGAGCCUGGCAAAAACCCUCCUCCAGGUUACCUGGAAGACAGCUUCAUCAAAUCUGGAGUCUUCACUGUCUCUGAGUUGGUGCGAGUUUCCAGAACCGCCAUCACACACGGAGCAGCGGUGAACUUCUCCAUAACUGACAUGCCGAGUCAGCCAUACUACCAUGACCUGAACUCCAGCGUUGGGCUUCACCGGUCUCUGUCAUCGCCCCACGGCAGCAAACGGCCUAAGACCAUCGCCAUCGAGGACAGCAUGGAGACCAGCCCGUCGGGCGACUUCUACUCCUCGCCCAGCUCCCCCGCCAGCGGCAGCAGGCCCUGGCACGAGAGAGACCAAGCGGACAUGUCGUCUCCCACCAUGAAGAAGCCAGAGAAGCCAUUGUUCAGCCCCACCUCCCCCCAGGACUCUUCUUCCAGACUGACCACUUUCCCCCAGCAUCACCAUCCGGGGCUAACAGGAGUGGGACACAGCGUUAUUUCGACAAGGAGCCCGCCCCCGCACUCGCCGCUGCAGUUCUCCGGCCCCGCCAUACUCCCUCCCGCCCCGACGACCUACUUCUCCCACCCCACCAUCCGCUACCCGCCCCACCUCAACCCCCCCGACUCCCUGAAGAACUACGUACCGCCGUACGAUCCGUCCAGCCCGCAGAGCAGCCAGCCCAACAGCAGUGGACAGGUGGUGGGGAAGGUGCCUGGGCACUUCACCCCGGUGCUGGCUCCCUCCCCCCACCACAGCGCAGUGCGGCCCGUCUCGCUGUCCAUGCCCGACACCAAACCCAUCACCACGUCCACCGAAGGCUACUCAUCCCCAGGAACCCCCACAGCCAAUCGUUUUGUGGGACUGAGCUCCAGGGAUCCAGCGUUCCUACACCAGCAGCAGCUGAGGAUAUGUGACUGGACCAUGAAUCAAAACGGCAAGCAUUAUUCCCCCACUGCCACUGAGGAUACUAUGGGAAUUACUUGGCAAAGUCCUGGUACCUGGGCGAGCUUAGUCCCCUUCCAAAUGUCGAACGGGACUCCGAUUCUGCCGGCAAGUGUGCAGAACUACAGCAUAAACAUCAUUGGUGAGCCCUUCCUCCAGGCCGAGACCAGUAACUGAAAUCAGGCUGGAACAGGAAGUAAGGAAGAAAGGAAGGAAGUCAUCAGAACUUAAGGGAAAAAAAAAAAAACCAGCAAGCAGCACUUAUACAAUCUUCUGUGUACCCUGGCAGGGACACUGGCCACGAACACUACAAGGUGAAGCAGUCCGGCUUCGUUGCGUUGCUCACACCACAGUCUUUGUGUGGAGAAAUCCCCCAACCCCCCCUCCUCCACCCCCCCUUUCUUCCCCCUCCCCUGUCAAAUACUGUGAUUUACCCGAUAAACGACUUUAGAUGCCUUAAUGUUUGCAUGAUAUGCUAGUUUCUGUUAGUACUUUUCUCGAUGUUUCAGAAGCGCUAGUCCUAGUUUGAGAACAGGAUGAGACGGUUGGAUAAACUCACAGACGGGCUGAGAACAGGCCGCGGGGCGUUCGGACGAGGCCUAGCGUCGCGUUUCUGGCUCACACGGCUAUCCCGCUCACUACAUCUCCAUAGGAACGACGUGUGGAAAUCAGACUCAUUUCUUAGAUCCGCAGUUCAGUUCGUUUGUCUGUAUUUUUGUUUUUCAUAUUUUUUUUAAACCUGUAAUCCUGUUGAACCAGUGCUGAUAUUUAGUUAAAAGUAACGGUGAGCAUGUACACUUAAAAGAGUUAUGAACUCUUAAAAUAAUAUGAUGAGAAAAGAAACCUAUAUUAUUAGGUUAAGAAUUUUUUUUUUCUCCCCCUUCCGGUGCAGAAUGCAUUGAUAUUUCCUUUUAAAAAAGGAGUAAAAGAAAAAGACAAAAAAGAAUCUCUUGAGAGGCAAGUGCAAUUUAUGUUAUAACUGAAGGGAAGCUAUGGGCAGUCUACCACCCCUGAGACACUAAAAUGAAGGGGAUUCAAUGUUUUUAAGAAAACAAAAAAGAAAACCUUUUAAAGUGAUUCUAGGUUGCAUCCUCAAUUCAAAUGGGAUCGAUGAUAAACUACCGACGUCUGCGCAAAACAGGGAGCUUAUAACCUGAACACAAAUAACUAUGAAUCAAACGGCACUUACAUUCUAUUGAGCCUUGUCCUCCCUCCGAGGACUGCUUUUAUUUAUAUUUUAAAAAAAUCAAAACUACAAAAAACAAGAUACAGAGUGAGACACAAACCGUCGACGAACGACUCGUGCUUUCUAGGAGAGAUCGAGCUUUCGGCCCCUCGUGCUUCUGAAGCAACUGUUUACAAAAACGAUUUUUUGAAAAUCAGUAAAAAUAGGAAGGCUGUUCGAGCAAUUAAAAAAACAAAACGAGCGUUUGUGUCUAUAAUCCGCAUUCGGUGAAACGCUAAUCUAGAGGGAGCUGAACAGAUGCACGGUGCUUUGCGAAAACGUAAACCCAACAGACCGCAGCGACCCCCGGUCGCGGUCGGCGUUCACAGUGCGCGGCAGAGACCUUGCAUUCAAAUCUCCUGUCCAGAUAUAUAAAUAUAAAUAUAUGUGUAACUCCUCUUUCCAAUAAUCUUUAUUUGCACGAAGAUAAUAUAGUCCACAUUACGUGCCUUUCCUGUGAAUAUAGAAGAACUUCACUACACUUGUUUUUUGCUGCAUUUAUUACCAUUUUAAGAAUUAACAUUUUUAUGAUAAGAAAAAAAAAAUAUUUUGUACUCCGGAUGAAAUUGUGACAUCAUUGAUUUUAACUACAUUUACUACUUUAAUUCACAUUUAUAAUGCAUAUCAUGGCUGUGUACAGUUGCCGUUUUAAAGUUCAUAAUCAAUCAGCAUUAUUUUUCAGUAUUUUGGUGGUUUUUCUAAUAACCCUUCAUUUUUUUUUGUUUCUUCAUCUUCCAGUUACUAUAUGGGGGGUUUCAAAUGUAUAAGAAUUAUGCAAUACCAAGUUUUGCCUAUUAUAAGUAGUGCUUUUAGCUCUGUUGAUUAUUAGAAGCUAGUAUGGAGAUAGUAUGGACAAUAUUGUACACAUUUUUUUUGUUGAUGUUGUUGGUGUCGUUGACUUUGUUGUUCUUGUUGUUGUUGUUUUUUUCCCUUUUUUUGUUUACCUAAGAGAGAGCUGCUUACUAUGCAGUGUGUGACAAGGUCUUUUUUUUUAUGUUCUGUGAGAUCGAGAGGAAUGAUUUUUUUUUUCUUA